ACUUGUGUAUAUAUAUACAUAUAUAUAUAUAUAUCUUUAUACAUGUGUAUGUAUAUCUGUACCUAGUACACAUAUAUAAGUAUAUGUAUAGAUAUAGAUACACGUAUAUAUAUACGCACACAGAGAUUGAGCACGCUAGCUCAAUUGUUGCCAGUUUUUUUUUUAUUUUGUCCAGGUGUUAACUGCGAAAUAUUCAUUAUUUCAUUUAUAAAAGAAAAAAGGAGAGAAAAAUAGAGCAGCAGCAACGUCGAGGGAUCAGCAUCAUCAAAGAUGGAAACAGGAACGGGAACACCACGCAAAGUACAAAAAGUAGCCGUUUCGGAGGCGAGCUCUGAAGCUGAAGAGAGUCGGGAUUUCGAUAGUGAAACCCAAAAGGCUUUGGAAGACAUCGAUUCAUGUCAGAACGAAAUCGAUGCCCUGAACGAGAAAGCUAGCGAGGAAAUCCUGAAAGUUGAACAGAAAUUUAACAAAUUAAGAAGACCAUAUUUCGAUCGGAGAAACGAGCUUAUUAAGAAAAUUCCCAACUUUUGGGUUACUGCUUUUGUUAAUCAUCCACAGAUCUCAGUAAUACUUGAUGAAGAGGAGGAAGAAUGCUUACAUUAUCUCAAUAUGGUGGAAGUCGAAGAGUUUGAGGAUAUUAAGUCUGGAUAUCGAGUCAAAUUUCAUUUCUCACCAAACCCCUAUUUCUCAAAUGACAUUUUGUGCAAGGAGUUCCACUUGGCAACGACGGGUAUGUCAAAUAUUUCUUCAUUGUGGGACCCUGCUUCAAAGUCAACAUCUAUCAACUGGCAGGAUGGUAUGGAUCUGACAAAGAAGGUGCAGCGAGAGCAGAUUGUGAUUGCUGAUAGAAAGAGAAAACAUCAACCGAACCGGACUUUUUUCACCUGGUUUUUAGACAAUAAGGAUCCGUCAGCAGAUGAUAUAGCUGAGGUAAUCAAGGAUGAUAUGUGGCCCAAUCCGUUACAAUAUUUCUUGGCUCCUGACAUUGAAGUAGAGGAAAAUGGUGUCAGUGAUGAAGAUGAUGAUGAUGAUGAACUAGAUGAAUCUGUUGUCGUUGUGAAUGAAGAUGAUGAUGACGAUGAUGAUGAUGAUGAGGAAAUCUAUGAAGUAGAUGAGGACGAUGAUGAAGUUGAGGAAGUUGGCGAAGCUAUUGAAGGUGAAGAUGUGGAGGUUUUAGACGGUGAUGACGAAGAUGAGGAUGAUGAUAAGGCUCAUGAAGCAAAAAAAGAAUCAAAAGAAUGAAAUUGGACUAUUAAAUGAAUUCUAUAUUAAUGAUUGCAAUGAAGGAAAAAAAAUGGUGUAAACUCCGUAAGCCUUAUCACAAGGCCUUCUGUAAAUAUAUUGUCAUUCUCCGUUUCAGAGAUAACAUUAGGCGAGCCGAACAGUUGUUGUUUGUAGUUGGGUGGAUUUACAGUAAUGUUCAUCUACCGACUACUUUUUUUAGCCACUGUGGAGCAGCUCACUAAUCAAAUCAUGUUCAGUGCACAGUCAUCCAGACUACUAAUGUCUACUUAUCAUUAAAGCAUUACACAGUUUGAGAUUAAAUGAACUUACAAGUCAUGAUUAUUAUUUUUUUCUCUCCCCCAACUUUAGAAAUUAUCUUUUUAGAGUUUAUUUGAAUCUCCUAUGUAUAAAAAAAGAAAAAAAUUAGUGCCCUAGUGGGUUAAUGUAUAGAGAGCCAUUUGGGCCCUUAUGUUUGUUAAUCAAAUUUUUCUAGUAAAUGGAUCUCAGUGUAAAUCUUCAACUAAAUGGUCAUUCCAUGUCUGUUUCAGUUAAUUUUAUCUUUUACUUCCUAAAGUCGCAAUUUCAUUUUGGUGAGACAGUUGGAAGACAUCUGUAAUUUGCAGAUAGCGUUUCCUACCAGUAAGGGAUUUUAUUAUGUCGGUUUUUAAGGAUUUAGUAUUGGUUUUCAUAUAUUUUUGAUUUUUAUGUAAAUUUUAUACCUUAAAAGAAAUUUUCAUUUCUCUUUUUGAACUGAAAGCACAGUUGUCUCCAUUUAUAUAUACAUGUCACACAUGCUGUGUGUGUGUAUAUAUAUUCCUACCUUUCAGUGUCACAUUAAUUAGAACUUUUGAAUGAAGUGUAUCUGAGUUACAAGACGAAUGUUUUUGGCCAUGCAUACGUUAUUGAUUUAAAAAAAAAAAAUUUUUUUUACCCUUUAUCCUUAUCAUUGUUCAUGUUCUGAAAUUCACACUUCAGUCAUAAAUUUUAUUUUUUCUUUCUGAGUGAGUGUUAAAAUGACUAAAAUUAUUUUCUUGUUCAAUAUAUGACAGUCAAAGCAUUUUUGCAUUCUGAUGCUUUGACUGAUCUUAUUUAGUCUAGGAAGAGUUGAUAGUAUUUAUAAAAUUGUGUGUUAGAAAAUAUAUCUGAUUAUAAAAAAUGGUUGGUUUUAAAUUUCUGCAGACUUAAUGAAUUAUUGUUUUAAUAUUCUUUUGUACUGAAAUAUUCUUGGAUGGUAGGUUUAAUCGGUCACCCAGUUAGUACCUCCAUCUCACUUUUGGGUGCCUCUAGCAGAGUUCAUUUCUGAUCCAAGCAUUCAAGCUAGGUCUACAUUCUGGUGAUGAUCAUUACCUCUCACCAAUCUCAGAUUCCUUGAAAAGAGCCAGUUCUCUGACUAAGCCAUUUAAAAGAAGUAAUUGCCUGUGUUUUGGAUAUUUCUAUCCAUCUUGUAUAGUUUACACUAUAAGAUAGUGUUAACUUAACUUUGAUGGGUGUUAAGCAAGCUCUCGGGCCUUUGUAUUUGAUUACAUUUCCAGUGUGUCUCACAGAACCUUUUCCUUUUUCUCUCUCUCUCUUCUGCCUUUAGAGUUGAUACACUUAACAGAACUGUCUCUUAUUUUAGCUGUGCAUAGAUAUAUCGGUACUUCUAUUCCCAUCUCCAUAUCAGUUACCAAAUACUGAAUGUUUUGUAAUAGAUUGGUCUUGGGGAAGGAACCAUGUAUCCCAGUCUGCUUCAUUUGCUAUCUACUGUAUUCUUCACUUUUGUUCCGAUACCAACAGAUGGUAGUAUUUCUGAGAUUUUAUGCAGCAUAAUCAAGAACUGUAUUAUUUAGACCCUUCCCCUCUCUUGGUGUGUUUUUAAUUACAUAGUCAAGUAAACUAAAGAUGUUGAAUUCGAUAAGAAAGCAUCCUGUAUGACUUUCUGAUUUAGCAGUGCACAGUUGCAGUCUGUUAGGCCUCUUGUAUGCAAAAAUAGCAUUUGACAGAAGAUAAUGCAAGACUAGCUCUGAUAGCACCUUUGUGUAGUAUGUUGUAUACACCUGUAACACAAAUAAUGGUGCAUAAGGGAAUAAAUGACAGGUAGUUUUGAUAAUGCAAUACCUUGGUACAGUGUACUGUUGUGUAUAACUAGCUACUCUGGUCUCAGACGAUCUCUUUCAUGGUUAUCACUUUUGUAGUAUCACUAAAACCUAAUAACUUAUAAGGUAAAAUAAAGACGAAGGAGGCAGUGACAAAAUGAAUGUGCUGGAAUUGAUUUAAACUAAAUUUUCAAAUAUAUUUUCUCAAUAAAUAUUUUGACAGUA